CCUUUUACGUAAUAGCCUACCUCUGCUCAGAGACAUUCGAUGGACUCGCGCAGUUAUGAAGUCUGAAGAAGUUGACACCAUCGAAGAAUUAAACAGUUUGCCUGUUGAUUCUAUUCGGAUUGCACCGUAUUUGUCUGAACUGAAACAAAAAGCAGCAGCAGAAGUUAGCAUUCGACACUUGAAUUUGACGGAAACUUUUUUGAUACGGUUUCUGCAGGCGAGAGACUUUGAUGUGGUACUGGCGUUCAAGCUUUUGAUUAACUAUCAUAAAUGGAGACAAGAAUGUCCAGAAAUAACAGCCGACCUGAAGCCAUCAUCCGUCAUAGGACUUCUUCAGAACAAUUACCAUGGAGUUUUGAGAUCACGAGAUGAUGCAGGAAGUCGCAUUCUUAUCUAUCGGAUUGGUCAGUGGAACCCCAAAGAAUUCACAGCUUAUGAGGUUUUCCGUGUGAGCCUCAUUACAUCAGAGUUGAUUGUUCGAGAAUGGGAGACUCAAAGAAAUGGACUCAAAGCUAUUUUUGAUCUUCAAGACUGGUGCUUCGCACAUGCCCUGCAGAUAAAUCCUUCCUUGGCAAAAAAGAUAUCUUCUGUGCUUACAGACUCCUUUCCUUUGAAAGUACGUGGCAUCCAUUUGAUAAAUGAGCCUAUUUUUUUCCGUCCUGUCUUUGCCAUGAUCCGUCCAUUUCUUCCAGACAAAAUCAAACAACGGAUUAAUAUGCAUGGGAGUUCUUAUGCCCGAAGUCUCAGCAAUUUCAUUCCGAAGGCUAUCCUCCCUCCUGAAUAUGGAGGAACCGGACCCAGCAUAACUGAAGUGUGCCAGGAUUGGACUGAGUACAUCAUGCAGUCUGAAGACUAUCUCCAUAGCCUCUCUAUAGAUUUAGGUGGAGGGGAUGCUUCUCCGUCAUCUGCCUAUGAGUGAUUAAAAUGAAGGUAUUUCUUACCAUGUGUACUUUGUGCUAGAUGAUGUAAUAAAUUCUGGUGGGCGGGUUACAUACUUUCUUUGAAAAUCGGGAUAAUUUUGCUGACUUAAAGACUUAAAGUUCAUCAAAAAUGUAUUUUAAUGUAUUCACCCUCGGGCCAUUCAAGAUUCUCCACUAGAACAGAUUUGGAGAAAAUUUAGCAUUUUAGGUUAAUACAGUGAAUAGGUGCCAUAAGAAUGAGAGUUUAAAGAGAUGUUAAAAACAUCAUUGUAAUCCACAAGUAAUCUGUGCGACUCCAGUCCAUCAAUUAACAUCUUUGGAAGCAAAAAUCUAUAUGUUUGCAACAAAUUAAUCAAAACUUUUUUCUAAAAAAUUUCAUAACUGUUGCUUUCAGCUAAAAUAAGAGUCCUAUAAUAUUGCUUUCUCCAUUGGAAAAUCAUUUAAUCUUAAUAAGGAGAGAAAUAUGCACAGAUCAAGCUCUUUUUAGAGGUGAAAAAAAGUACAAAACAGUACAAAACAAAUUCUUGGUGGAUGGCCUGAGAGUGAGUACAUUUUGGUUUUUGGGUGAAAUAAUCCUUUAAAUUGUAAAGCAUAUUAGUGUAAACAUGUAUGUUUUACUUAUAUACUUUUACUUUAUCUUUACUUUUUUCAUAUUGCACAUGAACUAAUGGUGCAG